AUGGCUUCCCAAUCCAAGCCUCAGGGUAGCAACCCGGCGGGGGAGGCAGUAAUACAGGAGUCUGAAAGUCAAGUCUCUAUUUGUGACUGGACAGAGAAAGCCGAAACAAAGCUGAGGAGAAAAAUUGACUUCACAGUCUUACCGAUUCUCAUGCUCGGUCUUUUCGCCUUGCAGCUCGACAGAGGAAACGUUGGCUAUGCUAUGACAACAAGCUUCACCGAUGAUCUUGGUAUAACCAAAGACAUCGUCAACAACGGCAACCAGCUCAUGCUAGCCGCUGUUGUCAUCUUCGAGAUUCCCUUCAACAUGGUUUUGUCCAGAAUUGGGCCCGCCCUUUGGCUCAUCAUACAGGUAUUUGCGUGGGGAACAAUCGCAGCAGCCCAGGCAGCUAUACACAACAAAUCAGGAUUCUACGCCACGCGCUUUCUGCUGGGAAUGUGGGAGGCUGGAUACCUAGCUGCUGCGUUAACGAUAAUUGCGUCAUUUUACACGCGGAAAGAAAUGGCACUGCGGGCUACGCUCGUUUAUGUUGGGAAUUACGGCUCUGCUGGCGUGAGUGGACUGCUUGCCGGUCUGAUCUUCAGAAUCCCAGAGACAAGCGGUUUGAAGCGAUGGCAAUGGCUUUUUCUCAUUGAUGGUCUCUUUACCAUACUCGUUGGCUUUAUCUUCAUCUUCAUCAUGCCCCGCUCGACGACCGAUACGCUCCCACUGGCUGGUAUCAAAAAGUUCAACGUGUUCACCGACAAAGAGAGAGAUAUCCUUGCCAAGCGCGUCAUUCUCGAUGAUCCACGCAAGGCAGUGAAGCUCUCUGGAAUUAGCCCCAUGACUGCGCUACGCAUUUGCUUGACCAACUUUCCUAUGUGGGGUCAUUUCAGCAUCAACGCAGUCAACAUUACUCCGAAAGGGGGGUUGGUUUUCUACACGCCUACCAUUAUCAAGAACCUCGGUUUUACUGCAUCUACUGCCAGUUUUCUAUCAGCUGUUCAUAACUUUGGAGUAUGCAUCUUGUCGAUCCUUGUGUCUUGGAUCAGCGACAAGACACUGUUACGAGGCCCGGUUUGUCUACUAUGCGGCGUGUAUUCGCUGGUCUUCGCAGGUGUUCAAUAUGCUGUUGUCGGAAGUAGUGAUGUCUGGAUGAAAUACGCUAUACUGACGCUUCUGAACUCCGGUGUGGCAAUAGCUCAGGCGCUCAAUGAUGCAUGGUUCAGCAUAAACACUCACGAUCCUCAGAUUCGAUGUAUUGGUAUUGCCUUGGCUGUUACGGGCUCCAACGUUGGAGGACUCGCUGGGCAAAACAUCUUUCAAGAGAGUGACGCUCCAUACUACCCUAAGGGCUUUCUGAAGAUAUUAUGUCUUUAUGCAGGUAGUAUUGUACUUAUUGCUGGUAUGAUAUUUUACUACUGGAAUGAUAACCGGAGGAUGAAAAGGAUGGGAGAGCUGGAGGAUAUGGAUGAGGCGGAAGGAUCGGACAGGGGCCAGAGGAAGAGGGUUAAGAAUCAGAUAUAG